CCGGCAGCCCCUCAAUAAGCCACAUUGUUGCACGAAACUCCAGAGCAGGAGUCCCGGGCCGCCGCUAGCGCCGCCGUGUCAUCAAGCGGAGAAGAUCCGUGGGCAAGAGCAGUGCGCGUGUGAGCCGUAGAGGUCCGCUCGCCCAAGUGAGACCGGACCGAGAUUCUUCCCAAAUUGAGCCUUUAGUGAUCCUGUGGUGAAGUUAGCGCCUUGGUGGUGGGGCAACCCGACACGUCGCCAGUGGUGAUUUUUGGGCGCCUUCUAGCAAUCACUCCCAAAACCUGUUUCCGGAGACCCUAGACUCUCUAGGUGAGCGUGCCAUCUCCUUCUUUUUGUGCCGUUCGAAUUCAUUGCUCCCGGCCGGGCCGCCAAGCCGGGAUACAAAGCGAUCGGACCGCGCUGUCCUCCUCCCCCGCACGCGCUCCAACCUCGGUUUCCCAACUCGGCGCCGUCGGGCCGCGGCAGGAUGAUCGCCUCGCAUCUGCUCGCCUACUUCUUCACGGAGCUCAACCAUGACCAAGUGCAGAAGGUCGACCAGUAUCUCUACCACAUGCGUCUUUCUGAUGAGAACCUUCUGGAGAUCUCUAAGCGGUUCCGCAAGGAGAUGGAGAAAGGGCUUGGAGCCACCACCCACCCCACUGCUUCAGUGAAAAUGCUGCCCACCUUUGUGAGGUCUACUCCAGAUGGGACAGAACACGGAGAGUUUCUGGCUCUGGACCUCGGAGGGACAAACUUCCGUGUACUUCGGGUAAGAGUAACAGACAAUGGGCUCCAGAAGGUGGAGAUGGAGAACCAGAUCUAUGCCAUCCCCGAGGACCUCAUGCGGGGCAGCGGCACCCAGCUGUUUGACCACAUUGCGGAAUGCCUGGCUAACUUCAUGGAUAAGCUGCAGAUCAAAGACAAGAAGCUCCCCUUGGGUUUUACUUUCUCAUUCCCCUGCGUCCAAACGAAACUAGAUGAGAGUUUCCUGGUCUCCUGGACCAAGGGGUUCAAGUCCAGUGGUGUGGAAGGCAAAGACGUGGUUACUCUGAUCCGAAAGGCCAUCCAGAGGAGAGGGGACUUUGAUAUUGAUAUUGUGGCUGUGGUGAAUGACACAGUUGGGACCAUGAUGACCUGUGGUUAUGAUGACCAGAAUUGCGAGAUUGGUCUCAUUGUAGGCACGGGCAGCAAUGCCUGCUACAUGGAAGAGAUGCGCCACAUUGACAUGGUGGAGGGAGACGAGGGGCGGAUGUGUAUCAACAUGGAGUGGGGGGCCUUCGGGGACGACGGCACGCUCGAUGACUUCCGCACCGAGUUUGAUCAGGAGAUCGACAUGGGCUCCCUGAACCCCGGGAAGCAACUAUUUGAGAAGAUGAUCAGUGGGAUGUACAUGGGAGAACUGGUGAGGCUUAUCCUGGUGAAGAUGGCCAAGGAAGAGCUGCUCUUUGGGGGGAAGGUCAGCCCAGGGCUCCUUACCACCGGCCAGUUUGAGACCAAAGACGUUUCAGACAUUGAAGGGGAGAAGGACGGCACCCGGAAGGCGCGUGAGGUGCUGUUGCGGCUGGGCAUGGACCCGACACAGGAGGACUGCGUGGCCACUCACCGGAUCUGCCAGAUCGUGUCUACGCGCUCAGCCAGCCUGUGCGCGGCCACCCUGGCGGCCGUGCUGCGGCGCAUCAAGGAGAACAAGGGCGAGGAGCGGCUGCGCUCCACCAUUGGGGUGGAUGGCUCUGUCUACAAGAAGCACCCACACUUUGCCAAGCGUCUUCACAAGGCCGUCCGGCGCCUGGUGCCCGACUGCGACGUCCGCUUCCUGCGUUCCGAGGAUGGCAGCGGCAAGGGGGCGGCCAUGGUGACGGCGGUGGCCUACCGGCUGGCCGACCAACACCGGGCCCGCCAGAACACCCUGGAGUCUCUGAAGCUGAGCCGAGAGCAGCUGCUGGAGGUCAAGAGGAGGAUGAACGUAGAAAUGGAGCGAGGUCUGAGCAAGGAGACUCACGCCAUUGCCCCCGUCAAGAUGCUGCCCACCUACGUGUGCGCCACGCCUGACGGCACAGAGAAGGGUGACUUCCUGGCCUUGGACCUUGGGGGUACCAACUUCCGGGUCCUGCUGGUGCGCGUGAGGAACGGAAAGCGGCGUGGAGUGGAGAUGCACAACAAGAUCUACUCUAUCCCACAGGAGGUCAUGCACGGCACAGGGGAUGAGAGCAUCCUCCUCAAGUGGACCAAAGGCUUCAAGGCAUCGGGCUGCGAGGGAGAGGAUGUGGUCAUGCUGCUGAAGGAGGCCAUCCACCGGCGAGAGGAGUUUGACCUGGACGUGGUUGCCGUGGUGAAUGACACGGUCGGGACUAUGAUGACCUGUGGCUAUGAAGACCCUCACUGUGAAGUCGGCCUCAUCGUUGGCACGGGCAGCAACGCCUGCUACAUGGAGGAGAUGCGGAAUGUGGAGCUGGUGGAGGGGGAAGAGGGCCGGAUGUGUGUCAACAUGGAGUGGGGGGCCUUCGGGGACAACGGAUGCCUCGAUGACUUCCGCACGGAAUUUGAUGUGGCUGUGGAUGAGCUUUCCCUCAACCCUGGCAGACAGAGGUUCGAGAAAAUGAUCAGUGGCAUGUACUUGGGUGAGAUUGUCCGUAACAUCCUCAUCGAUUUCACCAAGCGUGGGCUGCUCUUCCGUGGUCGCAUCUCAGAGCGGCUCAAGACAAGAGGAAUCUUUGAAACCAAGUUCCUGUCUCAGAUUGAGAGUGACUGCCUGGCCCUGCUGCAGGUGCGCGCCAUCCUGCGCCACCUGGGGCUCGAGAGCACCUGUGAUGACAGCAUCAUUGUCAAAGAGGUGUGCACCGUGGUGGCGCGGCGGGCAGCCCAGCUCUGUGGCGCAGGCAUGGCCGCCGUGGUGGACAAGAUACGAGAAAACCGGGGGCUGGACACCCUCAAAGUGACCGUGGGCGUGGAUGGGACCCUCUACAAGCUACAUCCCCACUUUGCCAAAGUCAUGCACGAGACGGUGAAGGACCUGGCUCCGAAAUGUGACGUGUCCUUCCUGGAGUCAGAGGACGGCAGUGGGAAGGGGGCGGCUCUCAUCACUGCUGUGGCCUGCCGCAUCCGCGAGGCUGGCCAGCGAUAGAGUCCCUGGAAUCGGAAGGGACUUCCUCUGUUUCCCCCUCUUCCCUGCUUUAAUUUAUAAGAUGUCAUCCCCUGUGUCAGAGACGGGCCCCUGGGCUUUUCCUUGGCAGAGAGGAGCCUGUGGGACUGGGUGUGGUCUCUGCGGAUACUCACUGUUGAGUUCAGUGCCCAAGCCUUGGCCCUCCUGAGAUAAAUAUGUUUUGAAGUAAGGACUUGUUCAUGCUUGUCACAACUAUUCCUACUGGUUCUUUUUAAAAAUCAAGACAAAUUUUAACCUUUAGUAAUCACCCUGGCCAAAUACUAAGUCCCUGCAUAAUCCUACAGGAUGGGGACACUAAUGAAAAGAUAAAUGGUGGCUUCACCAUGGACCCUGAACAUGAUAUUUCUGGUGAAGAGCAUUCCCCAGCACGGAGGGUGCUACUGUUUCUCCCCUGAGAUCUGGAGGGAUCUUCACUAAUUGCAGCCUGAUUCUCCCACAGGCAGAAGGGGCAGGGGUGGGAGGAGAGGCAGCAAUGGGGGGAAAUCCGUGGAUAGCCACGUGGCAGCCUCUCUUUAACCUGCUUUACAGCCUGGUGGGUUCCAGCGGAUGCUUGUCCUGGAAUUAAAGCAUCCUGGAUCUGAGAAAGCAAAACCAAGGCCCCGGGUGGGUUCCUGAGUCCUCCGUGAGUAGUGGACCUUUGGGGCAGAGGAGACUUUUUGGUCUGUUUUUAAAAUUUUUCCUCCAGAAGUGGAAACAACUCUAUUUUCAUUUUAAUUUAUGUUUGAAAUUUAUUUAGUUCAUGAAGUAUAUCUGUUCCUUUAUCUUGACACUGUAUGUAAUGAUUGGUUGUAUGUAAUGUAUUUAUAUGUCAGUGUGUUAUGUAAAUAAAUACACAGGGUCUUUUCAGACUUGGCCUCUGUAGUAGAUGAGUGUAGUUACAGGAUGGAGGAUGAAGAUACUGACAGGUUACUAGAAAUACCUCAUUCGCCUGCGGGGAGAGAAGGGAAGCCUCUUCAGGGUGAGUGAAUGGCUAAGUAGCUCCUUCCCGGCUCCUCUUUAACCUGCAGACUGGGAAACGUGGAAGGAGGGCACAGUGAGGGAAGCUGGGUCUUUGGCUCAGAAGCCACAGCAACUGGCUGCUCUGUCUAGACCUUCCUGGGGCAAUAUUACACGGGCUCUUAACCAAAGCAAACAGGAAUCCUUUCAGACAGACGCAUUGCUUGGGAAUCGUCGUUCUUAGGGCAGUCAGUAGUAUCUUUAAGCUCCCUAAGGAGAUAAAGGAAGCCACCAAGAGCAUUUCUUAAAAAAAUUCUGUCUCACUGUUAAUAGCAAACCAAAACCAAACAAUGAAACAAUCAAACGAAGGAAACCUCAGGAACAACACUUUUAAAGGCAGAUUUGUGCCCUCCUAGCAAAAUUGGUCUGUUUUGUAAAUGUUUUUCCAAGAAGUGUUGUCCGAGGGCUUCUCUAGGCUGAGCUGUUUUUAUAUACACAGUAUUUAUUUCAAACUGUGAGUGGGGGUGGUAGGAGUGGGGUGGCAUAAAAUCUUCCAUGCUCUAUGAUUCAGGAGUGCAGUUCGUUCUGAAUCCGAAUGCCACUUCCUCCCUAAAAUGUGCACACCCACACACGGCAACUACACGGUAAGGAGGGAAUGACCCUAGAACACUAUUGAGUGGGAAUCAAAGAUCACAACAAGGAAGGAAAGAGGGGACUCGGUAGCACCCAGCUUUGCACAUUUAUCACCCUUGUACUGAGAGAACAACACCUAGAUGUGCGUGUCACUAAAGAAUGCCCAAGGCGUAGAGAUGAAUUUUAACUUUUAAACUUGAAAAUUAGGCACUGUCUGUGAAAUUGCACUUUUUUUUUUUUAAGGUAGAGCUGUGUGUGUGUGUGGCUAUCAAGGUAUGUUGUCGGUUUCCAAAAACGAAAAUGCAUUUUGAAUGUCUGUGUUCCCACAGUUAGGUGACAGUUCCUUGCUGAUGCUGCUUUGCCUGAUGUAAAUACAGUGAAUCUCGAAUCUUCGAGCACUCAGUCUAGUAAAGAUGUUGUCACGUAUAAUAGAGAGCUAGUUGAAUUAACUAUGUGAUGUUAACUAUUAAUAAAUUUUAACACUUUUCAAAAUC